CCUGUAGUGUGCAAGAUGAACACUCUGCAGACAUCUGGGGAGACCAUUGGCCUGCUGCAUCUGGUCAGGGUCAGGAAGUAUAUUUUUGGAGAUUUUAGCCCUGAUGAAUUCACUCAGUUCUUUGUGACUCCUCGUUCUUCAGUUGAGCUCCCUCCCUACAGUGGAUCGCCUCUGUGUGGUGCACAGGCUACAGAUGACCUGCCGGAUGGACAAGAAUAUCAGAGAAUUGAGUUUGGUGUUAAUGAAGUAAUUGAGCCCAGUGGCACUUUGCCCAGAACCUCCAGCUACGGUAUUUCAAGCACAUUGAACCCUCAGGCCCCUGAAUUUAUCCUUGGCUGUGCAACUUCCAAAAAGGCUGCUGAUGGCAUAGAUAAAGAAGUUAGCUACAGCUCCAUCGACUGCCAGUACCCAGGCUCUGCCCUCCCGUUGGGUAGCAGUUCCAGUGCAGAGGUCGAAGCUUUGGAGCAUGAUGGGGUCUCCGGCGGCCUUGGACAAAGGGAGCGCAAAAAGAAGAAAAAGCGGCCACCUGGAUAUUACAGCUACCUGAAAGAUGGCACUGAUGAGAGCGUUUCCCCAGAAGCCCUGGUCAACGGCCAUGCCACUUCAGCAGUCCCAAACAAUGUCUGUGUAGAGGACGCAGAGUUUGUGGGGGAUAUGCUCACAUCGGUUUCGCCCAGGACUUGUAACAGCCCCCAGAACGCCAUGGACUUCAUCAGUGACACUGUGCCUGACAGCCUGUUCCCAGGAGCUCUGGACGGUGAUGCGAGGACUGCAGGGGCGCCUGGGGGCUCCCCUGAGACUGAGUGUGAGCAGCCCUGCCUCCCUGCAGAUGGCCUGCUAAGGACAGCUGUGCUACAGCCAUACGCUGGCACCCAUACUACUGAGAACCUUCCAGUCACUAAUGGGCAGAUACUUGAAUCCUCAGGCGAGGGCACAGCUGCCAACGGUGUGGAGUUGCACACAGUGGGAGGCAUAGACAUGGACCCUGUCAAGCCAGAGAGCGCAGGCUCUGCGUCGAGCGCCAUUCCCACUAGCCAGCCCACCAAGUCCUGGGCCAGCCUUUUCCACGACUCUGUGCCCUCUUCCUCCUCGCCCAUGGCGUAUGUGAAAACUAAGUGUUCCCCUCCGGCUCCAUCUCCCCUGGUCUCUGAAAAGCAGGUUGAAGUCAAAGAAGGGCUUGUUCCAGUUUCAGAGGAUCCUGCAGCCAUCAAGAUUGCAGAGCUGUUGGAGAAUGUAACCCUGAUACAUAAGCCAGUGUCAUUGCAGCCCCGUGGGCUGAUCAAUAAAGGCAACUGGUGCUACAUCAAUGCUACGCUGCAGGCACUGGUGGCUUGCCCUCCGAUGUAUCACCUGAUGAAGUUCAUCCCUCUGUACUCCAGAGUGCAAAGGCCCUGCACGUCCACACCUAUGAUUGAUAGCUUUGUCCGGCUAAUGAAUGAGUUUACUAACAUGCCAGUACCUCCCAAACCCCGGCAAGCUCUCGGGGACAAAGUUGUGAGGGAUAUCCGGCCGGGAGCUGCCUUUGAGCCCACGUACAUCUAUAGACUGCUGACGGUUAUCAAGUCCAGCCUGUCUGAAAAGGGCCGACAGGAAGAUGCCGAGGAGUACCUAGGUUUCAUCCUCAACGGACUUCAUGAGGAGAUGCUGAACCUAAAGAAGCUCCUCUCCCCAGACAACGAAAAACUUUCAAUUUCCAACGGGCCCAGAAGCCACUCGGUGAACGACGAGGAGCAGGAAGAACAAGGCGAAGGAAGUGAGGAUGAGUGGGAGCAGGUGGGUCCCAGGAACAAGACCUCUGUCACCCGCCAGGCGGACUUCGUCCAGACGCCGAUCACUGGCAUUUUUGGUGGACAUAUCAGGUCUGUGGUUUACCAACAAAGCUCAAAAGAAUCUGCCACUUUGCAGCCAUUUUUCACGCUGCAGCUGGACAUCCAGUCUGACAAGAUUCGCACGGUUCAGGAUGCACUGGAGAGCCUGGUGGCCCGAGAGUCUGUGCAGGGUUACACCACCAAAACCAGGCAGGAGGUGGAGAUCAGCCGGAGAGUGACUCUGGAAAAGCUGCCCCCUGUCCUUGUGCUGCACCUGAAGCGAUUCGUCUAUGAGAAGACAGGCGGCUGUCAGAAGCUGAUCAAAAACAUCGACUAUCCUGUGGACUUGGAAAUUAGCAAAGAACUGCUUUCUCCGGGGGUUAAAAAUAAGAAUUUUAAAUGUCACAGAACCUACAGGCUAUUUGCAGUGGUGUAUCACCACGGCAACAGUGCGACGGGCGGCCACUACACUACAGAUGUCUUCCAGAUUGGGCUGAAUGGCUGGCUGCGCAUCGAUGACCAGACGGUCAAGGUGAUUAACCAGUACCAGGUGGUGAAGCCCACCGCUGAACGCACAGCCUACCUCCUGUACUACCGCCGUGUGGACCUGCUGUAGCUGUGCGCCAUGUGUGUGCCUGACGCCGCUUCGUAGACCCCGACUCACUAACUUCCUGCCUCUCUUAGUGCUCUAGAGAGAAACUUCUCCCUCUUGCAAAUGGGCUAGAAUGAAAAGGAGACGCCUGGGGUUUGUGUGCAGCCAGUUGACGCUGACCUCUAACUUCCAAAUCAAAAUCAUUUGGUUGAAAUAGGAAAUAGACUGUCACUUGAUUUAAGACCCGUUCUCGCGAGAUGGUGUUGACUCCUGAGAUGAGAAAAGGAAAGUGGCAUUCAAUCCCACUCUCUACUUGCUUAGUAAUGAACCCUGCACCAGCAACACUGUAAAUUUGUGAAAAUGAAUUUUAUCUUUCCUGAAAAAUUAAAUUUUUUAAUCCAUCAUACUUUCCUCCCCCCCCCUUUAGUUUUUGAUAAAUGAUAAAAAUGAGCCAGUUAUCAGAGAAGAAAUAGUUCUUACUUCAAAAAGAUAAACAAACAUUAAAAAUAUGUUGCUGGUUCCUAACAGGAAAAACACAUUUUAAUAACUGUGCAAAGGAAAACUGCUUACACACACAUUGCAAAUCAGAUGUUUGGAGUUAAGAUGUUAGUCUACAUAGAUGGGUGAUUGUGACUUUAUUGCCGUUAAAAGAUUUCAAAUUGCAUUCAUGCUUCUGUGUCCACACGGGAGAACAGACAGAACGGGGAAGCUGCGGUUUUUUGGAGUCUGCUGCCCGCUCCUCUCCCUCAGUCUGCAGUUAUGAUUGUGCAGUUCAGUGAUGCGAUGCUUAACAGUAUAAAGUUGUCGCCCAUCAAUAAAAAUCACAAAGUUGGUUUAAGCCUGGUGUGCUUCUUGGACUGUGAAUCCUUUUUCAGCCUGUGAGAGUUAAAGCAGGUGUGCGAGCAGCCUGGUGUUUGGAAGCUGAGCCAGGAUGUUGGCUUGCUCCAGUCGUGUUUCCCAAGUUGAAGACUGUGCCGACCUGGGUAACGAGUCCUGGAGUCCUCCUGCGUCCAACAGUGUUCAGUCGCCACGGUGAGAGAGUGGUUCAAGUCAAGGCUGAGCAUCCUUAGCAGUGCCUUCUUGUGCCACCCUAGCUGCUGGAAAGGAAGGUAGUCAUGUGCCAGAGAAAGGCCACCACAGUGGGGUCUCUGCCACGUGUGUCCCUGGCAUCUGGCCUUGUGCAGACAAUUCAUAGCUGUGUGCCAGGAUUUACAGAGAGGUGGUUUCCAAGUGAUGGGAGCCUUUUCCUCAAGCUCUUCCUUUUACCACCU